GCGGACUCGUCAGUGACGUGGCACGUUGUCGUACUUCCGUUUCAAAAUGGCGGCCCCCACACCUCAUUUAGCAGUCAGAGGAUCAGAUGGCACGUUUCUGCUGCGUGGACCUCCGAGCUGUCAAGAAAGCUCUGCCUUUCAGAAAGAUGAACGGCAAGGCAGAUACAUAGCGUUCAGCAGCGACGGGUCCUUGUUUGGUUGGUGCAACGGCUCACAGGUCAGUGUGAUCAAAGUUUCCACUGGAGAUUUGGUGAAGUCCUUUGAUUUGCCCAAAACUACUGCACUGGAAUUCUCCCCUCUGAAUAGAGUUCUGGCCACCUGGCAGCAGUAUACCAAGCUGUUUAAACGCUGCUUGCUCUGUUUUGCAAUCUAUGCUGUGUUUUGCUGUGUAGAAACUAUCGCCAACAAGCUUCACCUUCAGAAGGUGUCCGAGUUCGCUCUGUCUCCUGGAUCACAGCCGAGCAAGGUUGCUGUUUAUGUUCCUGGAAGCAAAGGCGCGCCGUCUUUUGUACGACUGUAUCAGUAUCCCAAUUUCGGAGGUCCAACGUCUGCUCUGGCUAACAAAAGCUUUUUCAAAGCUGAUAAAGUGGCCAUGCUGUGGAACAAAAAAGCCACUGCGGUUCUAGUGACCGCCAGCACAGAGGUUGAUAAAACAGGAGCCUCUUACUAUGGAGAGCAGACGUUACAUUACGUCGCCACCAAUGGAGAAAGCGCAGUAGUUCAGCUGCCAAAGAACGGCCCCAUAUAUGAUGUAUCCUGGAACCCCAACUCUUCAGAGUUUUGUGUGGUUUAUGGUUUCAUGCCCGCCAAGGCGACUGUCUUUAACCACAAGUGUGAGUCCGUGUUUGACUUCGGCACGGGCCCCCGAAACGCGGCUUUCUACAGCCCCCAGGGCCACAUCCUCGUCCUGGCCGGGUUUGGGAACCUGAGAGGGCAGAUGGAAGUUUGGGACGUGAAGAAAUACAAGCAGGUGUCUAAACCCCAGGCUGAAGACACCACACAUUUCUCCUGGUGUCCUGACGGAGAGCACAUAGUGACGUCGACCUGCUCCCCCAGGCUCAGGGUCAGCAACGGAUACAAGAUCUGGCAUUACACCGGGACUGUGUUGUACAAGCAUGACACGCCGUCAAAUAAAGAGCUGUGGGAAGUUUUGUGGCAGCCCUUUCCGACUGGAGCCUUCCCAGAGAAGCCUGUGAAAUACCAGGCGUCUCCGAGUGAGCUCGGCAGCACUGAAGCCAAACCGGCGCAGGCGUAUCGUCCACCCGCUCUCCGCAACAAGCCCCAGACCGCCAGCUCCAAACUACAUGAAGAAGAGCCGCCGCAGAACAUGAAGCCUGGUGCUGCAGGAGAGAAGCAGAUGUCGAAAGCUGCUUUGAAAAACCAGAAAAAGCGAGAGGCGAAGAAAGCAGCUAAGCAGGAGACCAAGCCCGAUGAAGCUCCGCCUCCGGUAGCAGACUCCGCCCCUGCCAGUCAUGUGACUUCUAGCUGUGGAGACCCUGAAACUGACAAAAAGAUCAAGAAUUUGAAAAAGAAACUCAAAGCCAUUGAUGAACUCAAGGAGCAGCAGGCGGCCGGCAAAGUCAUGCAAAAAAAUCAGCUUGAGAAGAUGCAGAAAGAGGCCCAGCUGUUGAAAGAGCUUGAAGAGCUUGAAUUAGGAUUGUAAACAUUAGUCACAUUAGUCAUCAGUUUUCAAACCUUGCUUUGUCAUGUUGUAGUGAAUAUGUAUUGAGAUGACUUUUUUCAUGAUCAAUAAAUAAGAGCCUGUUUUGCUUCCUCGA